UUCUGUCGGCGUGUCUUCCAGCAGCAGAGGCAGAUACUAACGCAUACUAGCGUACUAAACAGUAUGCUAAAAUAGUACGCUCUCCCAACUGUACCUACAGGCAGCGUACUAUUUAGCACGCUAGUGCGCUCCCGGCUGUUUGAGCUGAGUGUAGUGGGAUUGGUCGGAAAAUGACGGUGGCUUGAUUGUCGGAGUUUGUUUUAUGCGAGGCUGCUGGAAUUUCGCUGCUCCAGCCAGGAAAAGUUAUUCCUUUUUCCUCCGUGUGCAAACCGCCAAAGCUUUAUUGUUUUAAACCACAAUCCCAGAAGAGUGUCUCCGGAGAUUAUUUGUGUUGUUUGGGAGUAUUUUCUUUUCCUCCAGGAUGAUAUUAGCGGGCGAGCUACCUGGCUAGCUGUACUUAGUAGCUCAAUGCUAGAACCCAGCUAACGGGCUAGUGCAAUUAGCUUCAGUAGAAGAGCUAGCACGACUGGAUUAGCUGUGGUUAUAUUGCCUGGUGUAGUAGUAGUAGUGGUAGUAGUAGUAGUAGUAGUAGUAGUAGUGUUAAUUAGCUUAGCUUAUCUCAGCUAGGUUUAGCAGUCCUAACCAGGCUAGGAGGCUGGCUCUGUGCAGCCGGGUUAGAGAGGCAAGUUUGCUAGCAGUUUAGCUACCAGCUCGGAAAGGCGACCAAAGACUGGCUGCUGAAUAAUUCAAGAGGUUUAUUGACUCUGGGAUAAUGGAGUAUGUUACGCCUAAUCGCGAUUAGGACAGCUCGCUCUGCAGUAUGUGGUGUGCCGGAGCCAGCAGUCCCCUCUGUGCGUGUAGCGUAUCGCUCCAUCACACUGCCGUCUCUUAUCCUCCCGUUCUGGCUUGAUGGCGCUCUCCGUUUUUUCAGCUGCCGUUACGCGAUGAACGUACGCGAAGCGCACGCUUGUUUAACUGGACGCUUCUGAAUCACGGUUUAAAAAAGGAGGACUUUGACAAGAAGCAGCACCGGGAUCGGACCUCAUUCUUACUCGCUCACAAAACUGUCAGACAGGAUCAUGGCUUCAGUGUGGAAAAGACUGCAGCGUGUGGGAAAGCACGCAUCCAAAUUCCAGUUCGUGGCCUCUUAUCAGGAGCUCAUGGUGGAAUGUACAAAGAAAUGGCAACCAGACAAACUUGUGGUGGUGUGGACCCGCAGGAGUCGACGGAAAUCCUCCAAGUCUCAUAGUUGGCAACCCGGCAUCAAAAACCCGUACAGAGGAGUGGUGGUGUGGCCUGUUCCAGAGAACGUGGAGAUCACGGUCACCUUGUUUAAGGACCCUCAUGCAGAGGAGUUUGAAGAUAAAGACUGGACCUUCGUUAUUGAGAAUGAGUCUCCGUCGGGUCGGAGAAAAGCCCUGGCCACCAGCAGCAUCAACAUGAAGCAGUACGCGAGCCCCAUGCCCACGCAGACAGACGUCAAGCUCAAGUUCAAGCCUCUCUCCAAGAAGGUGGUGGCGGCCACGCUGCAGUUCUCACUGUCCUGCAUCUUCCUGCGAGAGGGCAAAGCCACAGAUGAAGACAUGCAGAGUCUGGCCAGUCUGAUGAGCAUGAAGCAGGCCGAUAUCGGCAACCUGGACGACUUUGAGGAGGAGAACGAGGAGGAUGAGGAGAACCGUGUCAAUCAGGAGGAGAAAGCUGCCAAAAUCACAGAGAUAGUCAGGCAGUUAAAUGCCCUCAGCAGUAUAGAUGGAGACGCAGAUGAAGGCCCAAAGCAAGCCCUCAAAGCAGCCUGUUCUCCUGCAGAGUUGAUCAGUAAGCUGAACUUCCUGGAGGAGGACGAGCAGGAGCAAACCCUCACCAGCUCCAACCCCUUCGAGGAGGCUGAUGACCCUGUGGACCUCAACCCAUUCAGUGACCCUGAUGAGGAGGAAUUAGGGCUGACUCCCCCUCUGGAGUCCGCCUUAAAAGACGAGGACUCCCCAAAUCCACUGAACCCGUUUGACGAGCCGGAGCCAGAGCCGGAGCCAGAGCCGGCUUCAGAGCAGCCUGACUGCAAGAACCCCUUCGAUGAACCAGAGCUGGAGAGCUUACCCCCUAAAGGCAGCACCAGGAAGAUCCCACGUCCUGUAGACAUGAGCAAAUAUCUGUACGCAGACAGCAGCAAGACGGAGGAGGCCGAGGAGCUGGAUGAAUCGAACCCGUUCUACGAGCCCAAGUCAGGCAGUCCGGAUCAGUCCACUACAGAAAGCAUGGCUGCAUUGAAGAACACCAAACGGCGCGCUCCCCUGCCCCCCGCUGCCCCCUCAGUGACCCCCGCCAGCCCUGCAGUGCCCAGUGACCCCAGACCAGCCGUGCCUGACAAGGUGUCCGUCACAUGCCCUGCUCUAGGGCUGAGAGAGCUGGCCUCUUCCUCACCAAAGGCCAGCCCGGUGCCCAGUCCAGUCUUGGGAGGAAGGCCGAAUGCCAGUCAGUCGCUGCUCGUAUGGUGCCGAGAAGUGACCAAGAACUACCGUGGCGUUAAGAUCACCAACUUCACCACGUCAUGGAGGAACGGCCUCGCUUUCUGCGCCCUGCUCCACCAUUUCAGACCAGAUCUCAUUGACUACAAGUCUCUGAAUCCUCAAGACAUUAAAGAAAACAACAAAAAGGCAUAUGACGGCUUCGCCAGUCUGGGCAUCUCUCGGCUGCUGGAGCCAGCUGACAUGGUGCUGCUGGCGAUCCCGGACAAGCUGACCGUGAUGACGUACCUGUACCAGAUCCGUGCACACUUCAGUGGCCAGGAGCUGAGCGUGUUGCAGAUCGAGGCCCAGGCUGGCCGCAGCACCUACAAAGUGGGUGACUUCCACACCGACACAGAGAGCUCUGUGGCUCACGACACCUUCUACGCUGAGCUUCACAACCAGGAACAAAAAGUCCAUCCUGAUGAGGAAGGGAAGGAGCCAGAAGACACCGGGUUAACAGAAACCCCUCCCUGUACAUCCUCAGUGGUGACCAAAACGAACCUGGAUUCUUCCCAAGCUGAUGCAUCAGAGGCAAAAGAGGAUGCGAUUGAUGCAGGGAGAGAGAGGGAGAAGGAAAAAGAGAGGGAUGGGGUGGUUCCAGAGGGUGGAGUGCAACCACAGGCCCCUGUUUCACAUGCACACACACUCAGCUACAGCUACAACCGAGAAACAGACAUGAACAAGAAGAGGAGUGUGAGACAGAAUGAAGUGGACAGCACAGCAAAAGAGAGCAGCUCAUUACAGACCAACCAUACAGACACGCCCAACAAACACACACCGGAUGUGGCGCCUGUCCCUGCGUCCACUGGCAACGAGAAGAAAGUGCUGUCUCGUCAGGAGGAGCUGAAGGAGAGAGCUCGCCUCCUGCUGGAGCAGGCUCGCAGAGACGCGGCCCUGAAAGCCAGGAACAAAACCGUCCCAAGCACCACCUCACCCACACACACACGCCCACCACAGGUCAUCGAUGAACGUGACGAGGAGAGGCGCAGGCAGCUGAGGGAGCGAGCGAGGCAGCUGAUAGCAGAGGCUCGAUCAGGAGUGAAGAUGGCUGAGUUCCCUCUGCACUCAGACACCUCCGCUUCUGCAGGAGAGUUCAAAGGAAGGUCAAAGGCAGCUGGAGACAUGGUGAAUAGGGUGUGUGUUGAUGGUGAGGAAGAGAGGGCUGAAGAAGAGCAAGUGGCACCAUCACCCGAUGAUGAUGUCACUGUUUGUGAUAAUGAGGAGGAGCCAAUGGCCUCUUGUCUGCUGGAGGAUGACUUUACUAACUCAGCUACUGAUUUGGCUUCUCUGGGAGUGAUGAACAGCAGGCACGUGGACCUGAAGCUGAAGAAGCUGAUGGAGAUUCGACCUCAGGGGGGAAGUUCACCCUCAUCCUCCUCUUCUUCCUCAUCCCUCACAGCCUCCAGCACAUCACCACUCAGCCCGGGAGAUGAGGCCCACCUGGGUUUGCAGUCUCUCUCUCUCUCUCUCAUCAUAAAUCAGUUCUGAUGCAUUUCCUCUUUUUUUCUCCAAACAAAAGGAGGAUAAACUGCUCCUCUCCCAGGAGAAAUCUCCACAUUCACAACUCCUCCAGGACUAGAGCUGUUGGGACGGCGUUUAAACACACACACACUCACUCUCUGUCUCUCUUUCUCUCUCUCUCUCUGUCUCUCUCUACUUUUAACAAGUCUCUCUCUCUCUCUCUCUCUCUCUCUCUCUCUCUCAAACACACACACACACACACACACACCUCUGGUCGUCCCAGUCGCCUCUCAUUAGUGAUUGUGCUUAUGCGUAGGCCUUGGCGCUGACUGAUAACUGUCUGCGGCGUGCAGUCGAGCGCAACAUUAGUCACGCAUCACACACACACACACUUCUACCUCAAUAACACCCAGCACAAUAAUGAUCAUGGCGAUAACAUAUAAACAAGGGGUUAGAUCUCAGCGAGGGGAUACCCCCUUAUAUCUGUCCCAACCAGGGCUGCCAAAGGGGCACAGGGGGCAGGUGUUGAGACAGGGGGUGGUAGAGGGUCUUAGGGUCCUUGGGGAGAGAAUGAGCCUAGCGAGGCUUUCUAGAAUCGGAGCGCGUUUGUUUUCUUAAGACAUUAACAUGAGGAGAAUUAGGCCAGGUUAAAGGGCUCUGUGGCGGUCUGUCUCUAGAGACAAACACACACACAGUGAGCAAAUUCUUUUUAUUUAUAUAGAACUUCUCUCACACUCGAGCUGGAUUUACAAUUGAAUUACAAGUGGGAAAAAGGAAAUCUAGCUGGAGAUUUGUUGUUAUUAUGGCAUAGGUCUUAAAGCAGAAAAAAGACAGUUGUGAGUCCCGCAGUAUGGAAAGCCACAAAUACUGAAUAAUCUACGCUCCAUAGACCCCAGGCUAGUUUUACAAGACAGAGGACCUGAGUAUGUGAGGAUGGAGAAGCACUUGAAGAGAUACACCAAAAAAAAAUUGUCAGUGCCAAAAAAGGACCAUUUCAGCUACCAUAAUAUUUACACCAUUUCCAUCAUUUCCCAAAUGACAUCGGUUUGUUUAGUAAAAACAUCUGAAUGUAAAGAGUAGUCACAUAAAAUAACUUCUGGCGUACAGUUGCACUUUCAAACUUUGGGCCCCACGUCCUGACGUUUAUGCAGAGUAACAACAAACAAGAAGAUUGUGAUACCAGUUUAAAAAAUAUAACCUUCUUUUUUCAUUUUUUAUACAUAUUAGUGUCACAUAAUGUCAAAUAUCAUGUAAGCAAAAGUAUCUGAUGUAACGUCACAGUUCAAAAACUUGUACAGUGCUAAUCUGGUAGCUAUAAGCUUUCUUUUAUGCUUUAUAGCUGCAGUACAACACUAAAGAAUUUCAGGCACUAAACAUGUUUUGAAUAAUUGGACACAUUUGAGGUAAAUUUUCUUAAAAGAGGGAAAUUGUGCUUGUCGGCAUUGUCUGGUCUGUUCCUUUAAUAUAAGAUUCUCUGUUUUGCAUUUAACUACAAGUGAUUGUUAAAAGUUAUGAGAAAUGAACUUGUGCUUUUGUCAGCAAAAAUACACAAGGCUAACGCGGAUGGCUGAGCAUCUGAUAGCUGAUCUUAUUGGCUGAUAUUUAACUCGAGGCCAAAGUGUUUGAUUUGAUUGUCUAAACAGCCAUGUCACUGGUAAUGGCAGUACUGGUAAUGGCAGUUCUGGCAGCGGGAAGCUAAUUACUGCAGUGUUUUGAAAAGUCAUUAUUUAGGAAUAAACAGAAGAACGUCUUCCUGAGUGUGUGUACGCGUCUGUGAUCGUCUUUAUUAGUCAGUCAGAUUCUCAUGCACAGCCCAGUGAGCUAGUGCAGCACACUAACGAUGUUUCUCCCCUUUCGCUCUCAAGCAGUGGAACGUGUUCGCUAAUUGCGAACUUUAUUAGACGUUUCCCUUUUCUAAUUGACGUCAGCGAAUGUUCUUCUGGAAGGGGAAAAAACAAGCAGGCGCUGUUUCGCUUUCCAGUCCGCUUGCCAUGUUGGGCUCAAGCUGUAAUAAUAACGUGCUUGAUAGGGACGCAGCUCCAAAACAAUAGCAUGUUCGAUUUGCAUAAUCUGAAUAUAUUUUCUGGCUGCAGGUUUUGCCGAAAGUCGACUUAAUUGCCUUCUUCCUUUCUGCUGCUGUGAGUUAAUGCGGACUGGCUGUGAAACAUGAACAUUUUUUUAAGCAUUCCUCAGCAUUUCAUAAUUAAACGUUUUUUGGCCGCAUGUGUCUAAUUUGUCCUUUGAUUUAACGUUAACCCACACUUUCUUUCUUCUCUCUCUUUUUACUGCUUUAAUGCUUAUUUAAAUUAGUUUGUCCUCUGCUUCUUAAAGUUAAGCAAUGUUUUUUUCCCCUUUUGCUUCCCCUUCUUUCUUUCAUUGCUCUCUCUCUCUCUCUCUCUCUCUCUCUCUGUCUGUCUGUCUGUCUGUCUGUCUGUCUCUCUCUCUCUCUCUCUCUCUCUCUC